AUCACAAUCGGCGGAAGAUGGGGCAGUCGCUGGCCAAGGCCGUCGACGAGAAGGGCAAGCGGGUCAAGAACCCGGCGUGGAGCGGAUGGCUACACAUCUACAAGAACGGGCUGCUCAAGCGCGGCUACAAGCGCCGCUUCGGUCGCCUCGACCGCGACCGCCUCUACUACUUCAAGGACGAGCGCCCCAAGCACACGUCCAAAGGCUGUAUCCACCUGCACGACGUCGUGGGCAUUGCCUCGCUGCCAUCGUACUCGGCGGGCGACGGCGCGACGCUGCAGCUGCCCGUCGCGCUCGUGACCCCGGCGCUCGUCUACAUGCUCGUCUUUGAAGCGGAUGAUGCGAAAGCGUCGUUCGAGCGCGCGCUAGGCGCCACCAUCCCGCGGUCCAUGAUCGUGGCCGAGGACUGGUCCAUCGUGCAGCUGGAGCACGGGCAGAGCAAGGAGUCGCACUAUCAGCGGUACUACAUCCUGUUUUUGACGUCCGGCGACCUCCUCUUCUUCACGGACGGUGACUGCCGCUUCCUCGAAGCCCGCGUGCGCAUGCUGGACCUCGAGAACGUCCUCGUCGGGUACGACUCGGCGGCCGGGAACGGCGUUUUGCUCUCGCCGCGCAGCCAAGCCCGGGCGGCGGCCACGCUCGCGAGUCCGUCGAUCCAGCUGGUUGUGCACGCCAAGGUCAUUAGCCUCGAGUUUGACGCCAAGACGCAGUAUGAGCUCUGGAGGGAGCUCCUCGUGGACGCCGCGGCCGGCGACUACUACGGCCGCGCGUUCCUCCAGCGACGGCUCCAGGACGAGCAGCGAAAAAAGUACCAGCGCCAAGCCAAACUCGACGACAUGCUCAAGAAGACCAAGAAGAAGAUCGCCAAACAUCGCAAGCAGCACCGCACGUCGCUCAAAGACCCCCGCGUCUCGCACAGCGACGUGACGUACGAAGGUGACGACCUCUCGGAGGUCUCGACCUUGUCCCACGCGUCGUACGAGUCGGCGCUCUCGUCGACGCGGUCGAAAGCCUCCAAGUCGGCAGCGUUUCCAGACACAGAGCUGGUUCCAGCCGACCAGCCACUUAAGAAAUCGAAAAAGGCAGCAAAACCCACCUUGGACGCUCCCGAGGCCAAGCCAAAGAAGGCCAAGAAGCGGCGGGACGAGGCAUUGGGCGACGAGACCAAAGCACAGCUGCCACCUGCUGUCGACGACAGCACCCGUCCCCUCAAGCCCCGGAAAAAGCCCAAAAAGCCCAAGGGCGUGGUGCUCGACGAAGGGCCAAGUGGUGCGAUCACAAUCGCGCCCGUAUCCGAGCCGACGCCAGCCGCAGUUGUACUGCCCCCAGCCCCGACGACGGCCGCGCUCGCAGUGCCAGCCACCGCCCCAUCACGCGCGUUGGUGCGUACAAAGAACCGCGUCCGUGAGGACAUUUUUGCGAGUCCGCUCACGAGUCCGACGUUCAAUGAGAAGAAGCAAGCGCUACUGCGCCGCCUCCAGCCCGACUACUCGCCGCUCUCGCCCAAGGUCAAAGUCGAGGCGACGCAGUUUGUGCCCGAGCCGGUGUCGGCGCCCCGCACGCGCCGUCGGCAGCGAUCUGUGACGUCGUCGUCGUCGAUCAAGCUCGACCGGCAACUGGCCUCGCGCCACGAGCUGCUCCAAAGCGACUUUGAGAAGCUCUGCGCGCGCAUGCAGGCGUCUGCGACCGGCCGGUCGACGAAGCAGGCGCGCCGCCUCGAGCGACAGAUCCAGGCAUGCGCCCAGGCCAUCGAUACCCUUGGCGGCCUCGUGCUCUUCCCCCCCACCGACGCAGCUUUGCUCCCGCCGAUUCUGCCGAUGCUCGCGUCCUUGGAGCUCAGUGACCUCCCGAAAGGAACUGUCGACGUCCAAGGCAACUGGUUUACAACCGAGCCGAAAGGCGGCGUUCGCGUCCGGCGCUGGCAGUGGCGCCACGCGACCUGAGCGUCUAUGUGGCCUAUUUAAUGCAUGUACAUACGUUGUGGCAUGAGCA